CCCCGCGCCUGCUUUCGAUCCGGCCGCAGCCGGGGCGCGCUUCGUCGCCGCCACAGCCGCCGUUGCUUCGGGCUCCGCCGCAGCCUCUGCCGCCUCCGCCUCCGUUCCCGCCGCGACCCUAACCCGGACCACGACCUGAGUCCCCGCCCCGCCCCCUCCCGCAGCCCGGCCAACUUCUGCCCAGGCCGGGACACCGGCGCCAGCCCCCCGAGGCCCAGCCGUGGGGACCAUGCUGCCUAGCUCCAUCCAGAUUUCGGGGGAGCCGCUGUCAGGCGCCGAGGUGCGGGACAUCUGCCGCGGCCUGCGCGACAACGCGGUGCGCCUGCUCUCGCUGCGCGGCUGUCGCCUGUGCGACCGCGACUUCGGCCGCAUCUGCCGGGCCCUAGCUGGAGCCACGUCCCUGGCGCAGCUCAACCUUAACCUGGGCGUCGUGUCUAGCCCCAGCCGCAUCAAACAGCUGGCAGAAGCGCUACGGACCAACCGCUCCAUCCAGUCCCUCUUCCUACAUGGAAGCCCACUGACAGAUGCAGGACUGGCCUUGCUGAAUCCAGCCCUGGCUCUCCACCCUGCCCUUGUGGCUCUUGACCUGGGGGACUGCAUGUUGGGUGAUGAAGCCAUCAACCUCAUCUGUGGCCUCCUCCCUCCAGACGGGGCCAAGUCUGGUCUGAAGGAGCUAACACUAAGCGCCAACCCUGGCAUCACCCCUAAGGGCUGGAGCCGUCUCGCUAUUGCUGUGGCCCACAGCUCCCAAGUCCGAGUUCUCAACCUGGACUACAACCCUCUGGGUGACCAUGUGGCAGGGAUGCUGGCUGUAGCUGUGGCCUCAAGCCGUACCCUAGAAGUCCUAGACUUGGAGGGCACAGGGCUCACCAACCAGUCAGCUCAGACCCUGCUGGACAUGGUAGAAAAUUACCCAACAGCCCUGCGGAGCCUCGUGUUGGCCGAGAACAGCAUUAGCCCAGAGCUGCAACAGCAGAUCUGUGACCUCCUGUCUGAGGGAGAAGAGGAGGAAGAGAUGGCAGGAGGGGCUGCUGACACCCAGGAAUGGGGGAGAGGGCGGGAGCCUGCUGCCCACCAGCGGGGUGGCAGCUCCUGGAAGUGCCCCAGUGAUCCCAAUUCUCAGAUGGUGCUAAUGACAUCAGGACUAGGGGACAGUCUGUUGGCUGAGACCGAGAUGUGACUCUCUACUUGGACUUCUGCACAUCAUUACACGUCUGUGUCCCUACUACCUUCCUCUACAUGGCAGGGAAAGGCCGUGGCUGGGGCUCUGGCAGUUCCCAAUAGUGGUAUGAGCUCUGAAUGCUGUCAGUGGGCAACAGCCUCGGGGGGUGGUGGGGACUUGAACCCAGGGUACUGACUUUGAACUUGCUGGCAGCUCUGGCUGCAACCCGCUGGCUCGGAACAGAUUUUAUAAACUCCACAACCUGA